GACUCCCUGUUUGCUCAAACAACGCUUUUUCUGCACAUGGCUCUGAACCUCCCCUGUUAAUUUCUCAUUCUAGUCCACAGCUGAUUUCUAGGGGAACAAGUUAAGAGCAGAGGGCCAUGGGGAACAAAAAGAGUUGGGAUGUGGAGCUCAAUGGGACUGUGAUUGUGCCAGAGACAAAGGCAAAACCACGGAAGGGGGAGGAUGAGCUAGAAGAAAGAGGCCAGUGGACCAACAAAGUAGAAUAUGUGCUUUCUGUGGCUGGAGAGAUCAUCGGUCUGGGAAACGUUUGGCGAUUUCCUUAUCUCUGCUACAAGAAUGGAGGUGGGGCCUUCUUAAUUCCAUAUGCCAUCUUUCUCUUUAUCUGCGGCAUUCCAGUCUUCCUCUUGGAGACAGCCUUGGGACAAUAUACCAGUCAAGGAGGAAUCACUGCCUGGAGAAAGAUCUGUCCUAUCUUUGAAGGAAUUGGAUAUGCUUCACAAGUGAUUGAAUCUUAUCUGAAUAUUUAUUACAUUGUCAUUCUGUCUUGGGCCCUAUUUUACCUCUUUAACUCCUUCUCAGCUGUAUUACCCUGGUCCAAUUGCAAUAAUUACUGGAACUCAGAAUACUGUGUGGAUGUUCUGAAUGUCUCCGAUUCUGGGAAUAACACUAAUGCCACCUCUCCAGUUAUCGAGUUUUGGGAGAGACGAACGCUGAAAAUAACAGAAGGUCUUCACAACCUGGGCACUGUGCGCUGGGAGUUGGCCCUCUGCCUCUUGCUGGCCUGGAUCAUCUGCUAUUUCUGCAUCUGGAAAGGAGUCAAGUCCACUGGCAAAGUAGGAGUUACCCUGUGCUUGGUUAACGCUUAAAUUGCUUUGCUCUAUCCUGUCAGUCUUUUUGCAUCGGAGAGUAGCAGGAUAAAAGUAUACAUGUCUAUGUGGAGUGGGAAUAUUAGAAAUAAUUUGGUCCAUUUUAGUGGGCCUUUAAGACCUGAGAAAAAGGUCAAAUUAGAGCCCCAGCUG